AUGCCAAACCCGACCCCAGAACCCUUCACCGCCCAAUUAGCCCUCACCCAACUCUCCGAAUCCACAUGGCAAACCACAUCGCACCCCCAGCGCAUGGGCAACGCCCUCCCCAUAGCCUACGGAGGCUACGCCCUCACCGCCGCGUGCCAAGCCGCCCACCUUUCGGCCCCAGCAGGGUACCAUCUGUACUCCUUCCUAGGCAACUACCUAGGCCCAGCAAGCACCGACCGGCCGCUCCGCGCCACAGUGCGCAGCGUACGGCAAACGCGCUCGUUCGCCACGCGGCACGUGGAAGUCAGCCAGCUGCAAGAUGACGGAAAGGAGCGCGUCUGUUUGUUUGCGACUGCGGAUUUCCACAUCAAAGAGCCCGCGGGCAGUCUGCUGACCUACCAUCGUCCCCCCCGCGGCGCGUACUCGCAUUGGAGCGAGUGCCCGAGCAGGACGGAGACGGCGGAUGCGCUGCUUGCUGCGGGAGACAUCUCGCGGGAGACGUAUGCGCGGUUCGAGAGCGCGGUCAGGGUCAAUGCGGGCUUGUUCGAGGCGCGCAUGUGUCCUGAGGGUGUGUUUGCGCAGAAUCUUACGGGGAUUGCCAAGGCGGUGCCGCAUUCGCAGGACGAUAGGCCGUUGGUGGAAAGGACGAGCGCAGAUUGGUUUCGCUGUGCGAGUAAGCUGCCGUCGCAGACAGAGCAGCUGGGUGCGCUAGCGUUCUACAGUGAUGGGGCGCUGAGUUUUUGUCCGUUGAGCUUUAGUCAUCUGUAUCAUGAGGAUAGCGCGGCGUGCUCGAGUUUGGAUUUUGCGUUGAGGGUGUUUGGUGAGGUGGAUGUGCAGAAGUGGUGUCUGAGGGAGAUUACUACGAGUGUGGGCGCUGAGGGGAGGACGUAUAGUGAGGCGUGGAUUUGGGACGAGGAGGGCAGGGCCGUGGCGUGUAUGAGUCAGCAGAGCAUUUUGAGGGCGUGGCCGGAGAAGGGGAAGUUGUGA